AUGGAUCCAGGUCCGGCGUAUAGACGUCGCCGUCCGGCUGUAGCCUGCACCGAAUGUCGUCGACGCAAGAUCCGCUGCGACCGUCACUCGCCCUGCGGGCCCUGCUCCAAAUCAGUACCGAGCCUUCAGUGCGUGUACAACAAUCACCCGACAAACAGAGGUUCCGUGUCCAUGGACCAGCCCGCCAUGCACAUGCAGCAGCAUGAGUCACUGGCAUCGCUAGGACUUUCGCACGCGCACAGUAAUAGUCACGAGCAGCUCAUGGACCUUUUUAACCUGGACGUGGCCCCCAUGAGUGAUCAUGUUCCUAUUGAAUUCGUUGACAUGGACUUCUUCGACCUGGCAGAAGUCUCGCAUUCUAAAUCUACUUCUACGGAAUCAUUUAGUUCACUGCCACAUGGUUCUGGUACUUCGUCCUCGUGGACAACUUCUAGCCUCCCGUCGACCAUGAAUGGCAGUUCCAGCACAUCAAUGCAGAGUUUACUAUAUCCCUCAGAAAAAGUUCAGAGCAGGGGUUUGUUGUCUCAAGCUGACGAAAGAGACUAUACGGAAUUCAAUGACCAAAACAAUGACCAAAACAAUGACUGGUAUCUGCCAUUCUCACAAUGUCGGAAGCUGAGUUUUCUCGCGGAAAAUCUGGCAAGCGAGAAUAUCAGUCUGACUCCGGAUACUGAAUCUGUACGACCUCUUUUUGAGAAGUUUAAACGAUUAAAGCGAACUGUUGAGGAGCAUCAUGGGAACAAAACCUUGAUCGACAAUUGGACUACAGCUCAGACUGUUGCAUGGGAUGUGUUACCACCCAGAAGUACAUGCGAUGCACUUCUGGACUCUUAUAUCAGAACCUUUGAAUCGGUUCUGCGCAUAUUUCACGUGCCAUCCUUCUUACGAGACUACGAGCACUUUUGGGAAACCUCAACAUCACCAUCUGGAAACAUCGAUGACACAUUCGCAUGCAAGUUACUCCUCGCCAUCGCCCUCGGCUCUACCACUUUGGUUCCCACAGAGUCGCACCCGGAGCAAUUUCCCUCCCUCCGAGAGCAGGCCAGCAGAUGGAUCUUAUACGUCAAGGAAUGGCUGGCGCGCCAGACAGUAAAGGGAAUGCGGGCCGAUCUGAGUAUGGCCCAAAUUGCUUGUCUCUUGGCCUUGACACGUCACACACACUCUCAGGAUGUGGCGCCUAUAGGGGUUGGAUGGCUUUCAGGAGGGCAUGAUCUGACACAUAUUGCCGUUCAGCUGGGGCUACACCGUGAGCCUCGAGUCCGUACGCCGAAUAUGUCUGCUAAAGAGGCUGAGAUACGGAGACGGCUCUGGGCAACUAUGCUUGAGCUGUCGUUACAGGUGGCAAUCGACAAAGGGCUCCCAGCCCCUAUAGCCCCCGAGAGCUACGACUGCGAGCCGCCAAGUAACAUCGCGGACAGCGACCUAUAUCUCGGAGUAGAGCCACAAGGCGUUACAUCGGCCUCGGUAUUGCCCCUCCUAGCCCAGACCCAAAGACUCCGUCUCCGCAUUCUUCAGCUAGCCAACGCCCCGGGCUCCUCUAAAACAUAUCCAGAAUGCCACUCACUCGCUGCAGAGCUAAACACAGCCUGUUCGACUGGUUUAGAAACGCUACGGUCUACAUGCCAAAAUCCACCCUCGGACUUUCAGAUCAAACUGGUCGAUUUCUUCACCAGGCCUUUUGUCUUGGCGCUCCACGAGCCCUUUGCCGAGCAAGCGGGCACCAAACUGGAAUACUAUUACUCACGGCGAAUGCGUAUGGAGAUUUCUGCUCAGCUACUGACUCCGACAAAGGACCACCACGCGUAUACGGCACUUCUCACCCAAGGCCACGGACAUUUCCAAUUCGUUCACAGAAAAGCUACUAUGUCGCUUUGUCUUGAUCUAAUUCGAGAGCACGAAGCUAGCUCCUUUCCUAGUUUAGAUACUGCUUGUCAUCGAGAUCUCCUAGAGCUGCUGUCGGGCUCGGUUGAUGCAUUCCAACGCCGUAUACGAGCUACAGGCGGUGCCGAGUCGACCAGCGAGUACAUGUUAUUCUCGUGUGCCGCGGCGUAUCUGGAGGCUCUACAGCAUGGCUACGGGGAAAGUGACGUUGAUGACAAGAUUCUUGCGGCAGUGAAAACUGGGCUUUCAUUUUGCUGCGACGUGAUGGACUUGCAGAGACGCAGAGGAUCAUCAGUCAUGUCUAGGUGUGGUGAUGCACAAGGGGCAUCGGAGGCAGGGCAACUGUGGAUGGGUUGA